AUCAAAGUCUUAAAAAGAUUCUUUCUAAUCACUCACUAUAUAUAUUUUUGUCACCUUAAUAUUAUUCUUCACAACUCCUCUCCAAUUUCUUUCUUUUAAGUCUUUUGUCAUUUCAUCAAAAAUGAAAAUAUCACAAAAUUCUUCUACUUCUUCUCUAUUUUAAUUUUCUUUUCACUCUCAACAAAGAACAAAUUAUCUUUUUUUUUUUUUUAAUAUAAGAAGAAUGGUGACAACAAAAUUAGAAACAAAAUCCUCCAUUGAUAUUCCCAAUGUUCAACAAGAAGCUGCAAAAGUACAAAAUGAUAAAUUUUUGCAGAAUACUCAGAUUGGUGAUGAUCAGAAAGUAAAGGACUUACCACAAGGAGAAGCCACAAUUCCAAUGGGGGAGUGCAAUGAUGCAGAAUACAUACAGAUUAAUGAAGUUGUUUCACCUUCAAGGGCAAAUAAUGAUAGGAAACUUUCAUUAUUGCCUCUAGUUUUCCUCAUUUUCUAUGAGGUAUCAGGUGGACCAUUUGGUGUGGAGGACACAGUACAAGCAGCCGGUCCACUUCUUGCGCUUGUUGGAUUCUUGGUUUUUCCGAUUAUAUGGAGUAUACCUGAGGCACUUAUUACAGCUGAACUAGGCACGAUGUUCCCCGAAAAUAGUGGCUAUGUUGUUUGGGUUUCAUCUGCUUUAGGUCCAUAUUGGGGAUUUCAACAAGGUUGGGUGAAAUGGUUAAGUGGAGUAAUCGAUAACGCUCUUUAUCCCGUUUUGUUUCUUGAUUAUCUGAAAUCAGGAAUUCCUGCAUUAGGUGGUGGAGUUCCUCGUAUUAUCGCGGUCGUAGGCAUUACUUUGGUACUUACUUACAUGAACUACAGGGGUUUAACUAUUGUUGGAUGGGUUGCUGUUCUGCUCGGGAUUUUGUCGAUUCUUCCUUUUGUUGUUAUGGGGUUGAUCUCAAUUCCGAAACUAAGGCCAACGAGGUGGUUGGUGGCGGAUGUGCACAACGUUGAUUGGAACUUGUAUCUGAACACACUGUUCUGGAACCUGAAUUAUUGGGAUUCGAUAAGUACUCUUGUAGGAGAAGUACGUAACCCGAAGAAAACUCUGCCUAAAGCUUUGUUUUAUGCUGUGAUUCUAGUCGUUUUAUCGUACUUUUUCCCUCUAUUAGCUGGUACCGGAGCUGUUCCACUUGAGCGUGAUCUGUGGACGGAUGGCUAUUUCUCAGAUAUUGCGAAAAUACUUGGUGGAGUCUGGCUAAGAUGGUGGAUUCAAGGGGCUGCUGCAUUGUCAAAUAUGGGAACGUUUGUAGCGGAAAUGAGCAGCGACUCUUUUCAGCUACUUGGUAUGGCUGAGAGAGGUAUGCUACCCGAGUUCUUUGCCAAGAGAUCACGUCAUGGAACACCUCUAAUCGGUAUCCUCUUCUCAGCUUCCGGUGUGAUUUUGCUCUCGUGGAUGAGCUUUCAAGAGAUUGUAGCUGCAGAAAACUUCUUGUAUUGCUUUGGAAUGAUCUUGGAAUUUAUAGCAUUCGUACGAUUAAGGAUAAAGUUCCCAAACGCAUCGCGUCCUUUCAAGAUACCUGGUGGAACAAUCGGAGCCAUCUUGUUGUGUAUUCCUCCAACCAUACUCGUCGGUGUUGUUCUGGCGUUUUCCACAGUUAAAGUCAUGAUUAUAAGCCUUGCUGCUGUUGCAGUCGGAUUGGUUAUGCAACCUUGUCUUAAGCGCAUUGAGAAGAAAAGAUGGUUGAAGUUUUCCAUUAGUCCUGAUCUUCCUGACAUUCAUCACGAUAAUGGAGGAUUACUUCAUUGAUUCUCACACGUCGUAUCUUUUAUAAUGUACGACUCUCAGACUAACACGACACUGAAACAACUGCACGACAUCCAGAUUAUUCGUGGAGGGCACAGAGAAAAAGAGAUGUUUCUCAAGGCAUCUAAUGGUAGCUUUUUAAUCUCAUAAGCUUUUAUUUGCCCUCCUCCAAAUGCCUAUUUAUUAGUCGUAAGUAGCUAUGAACCGAUCGCUUUUUUCAGAUGAUUGCGUUAGAAAUAGACGAUGAUAUGAUUUCUCUUUUGUGAUCCAUGACAAGUUACUCAAUGUAUGAAAAUGUCUUGAGCUUUCUCAACCAGCUUUAUAUUGCUUUCUUAACAAGUAAUUUUGUUAAUACA